UCUCUCUCGUCCCUCCUCUCUCUCCUCCAGGUUAUAAUGCAUGACCAACACAGAAAAAGUUUGACUCUAUAGCCAACGGGAUCCUGAGGACUUGAUUACGGUCGCUUCAAGCCUGAUAGUUUGCAUCGGUGCGGCUGCCCCCCUCCCUCCGGCUCACACCCCUCUGGACGACUGGCACCCCCCUCUCCUCCGCUGGUAAAGAAGACUUGGGUUCCCUUGUGGUCUCGGUCUACUUUGUCUUCUCUCCCAUUGGCCCCUGUUCUCUACUGAUACCAGUAGCACUCCCCGGUGUUACGUCAUUCUGUAUUAGGUAAGGCAAUUAUUACUAAUGCAUGAGGCAGAUUUCACACACACACACACACACACACACACAAUGCGCAUGUGCCUAAUCAAAAUCCUCAUUGUGAUCAUGAAUUAAUCAAACAAGUUUUUUAUGAACAAUCCCUUGGUCGUUGUGGUGGGAGGGCGGGUGGGGAAUGUAAGGGGAGACUCAGGGGAUUGAUGGGUGGGAGGGGAACUGAUGGGCAACCUUGCAGGAUGGGAAGGGGUGGGAGGCAUGCUUUGGGGGAAAAUAAAAUGACAAAACAAAAUAAAAAGUUGGUCACAAAAAAAUUAAUGUAGAUGUCACUGUGAUACUAAUCUUUUUUUCAUGUCCCCUCCCCUCGUCCUCCAUCCCCCACUCGUCAGGCUCUAACCCCAACAUUUAAACAGUGAAGAUGAUUCCUAACGGUUAUCUGAUCUUUGAAGAUGAGACUUUCCUGGAUUCCACUGUGGCCAAAAUGAACGCCCUGAGAAAGAGCGGACAGUUCUGUGACGUGAGACUGCAGGUACGUGAAGAUCUCUCUCCCCUUUUUCUUUUCAUCCUCCUUGGCCAGGGCUCACUUGAAAAAUAAAGGAGCACCUGUGACACGAGGGGGAGAGGGGGAGUGGGAGGAUGAGACAUGCAGAGGUAUUUUUUUAGAUUCCAGGUUUUGACAACUUGUUCUCCUUCGCUAAAGGCAAAACAGGUUGUCCUAAAGCCAAUCACAUUUUUGAUCCUAUAGGUUAAUCCACCAUCCUCAAAGCUAGAUAUUUCCCUGUCAGUCAAGCUAGUGUGAUGUGUAAAAGGAAAACAGAAAAUUCAGAAGGUGUAAUUAAGAUAAAAUCUCAUUGGACAGGAGUUCAAUAUUUACUCUCCUAUUUCCUGUUGAUGUCAAAAUGGUGUUGUAGUACUUUUCUUCCGGAGAGAGAGAGAGAGGCAGGGCCACAUUACUAACCUCUCUCUCAAUCCCUCACUUGCUCUUAUUGGGCGAUUCCAUGCCAGAAGGCCCACAUAUGUUUGGUAUCUCAGAUUGUUCUGGCAAUUCUCACAUAGAAACUGAAUUGGGAGGAAGGUAUGUUUUGUUGUGCUUUUGACAUUUGUAUAUAUUUUUUUGUUUUGUUGAAAAUCAUGAUGAAAGUGGCUAUUUUAGGCCCUUUUUAGACCUAUACAUGCCUCCUGUAAGACCCUAUGAUCUGUGAACCGUACAUGAUGCAGACAUGUUGUUGUCAUUAUACUCCUUAUAGUGUGCUCUAAAAUAUGGAGUAUGUCUAGAUUCUGAAAAAAAGAUUUAAUUUAUUUAACAUAAAAAAUAUAUCUCAAAAGUAAAUAUUCUAGACGAAGGUAUUGUCGGUGUUGUUGUGGCUUUCAAAAUGAACCAGAAUGAAAGUCUAUAGCAUAGGCUAUUCUCAAUCACAGCUUUAUGGGGGAUAGAACAAACAAUAUUAUUUAUUUUAGGAGGCAAAUAAAGCAAUUAUUAUCAAGUUGUGAAGACGAUAGACUGCUACUAUCCAGCCCAUGAUGUAGUCCUAUAACCUAGCUCACUAUGUUAAGACAGCCUGUUCCUCAUCAGACCGUCACUGCUCCAUCAUGAUGUAGUCCUAUAACCUAGCUCACUAUGUUAAGACAGCCCGUUCCUCAUCAGACCGUCACUGCUCCAUCAUGAUGUAGUCCUAUAACCUAGCUCACUAUGUUAAGACAGCCCGUUCCUCAUCAGACCGUCACUGCUCCAUCAUGAUGUAGUCCUAUAACCUAGCUCACUAUGUUAAGACAGCCUGUUCCUCAUCAGACCGUCACUGCUCCAUCAUGAUGUAGUCCUAUAACCUAGCUCACUAUGUUAAGACAGCCCGUUCCUCAUCAGACCGUCACUGCUCCAUCAUGAUGUAGUCCUAUAACCUAGCUCACUAUGUUAAGACAGCCCGUUCCUCAUCAGACCGUCACUGCUCCAUCAUGAUGUAGUCCUAUAACCUAGCUCACUAUGUUAAGACAGCCUGUUCCUCAUCAGACCGUCACUGCUCCAUCAUGAUGUAGUCCUAUAACCUAGCUCACUAUGUUAAGACAGCCUGUUCCUCAUCAGACCGUCACUGCUCCAUCAUGUGCGCACCAGACAGACACACAAACCUGUUCUGCUCCUCCACCAGAAAAUAAUAUCACAAAAAAUUAGCCACUGCCUGCACUUAGCCUCUGCCCAGGCCUUCAACAGCAUUCUUUCUCCCAGUUGCAUAGGGGCGAUAGCGUCAUAUAUCACAAUGUUUUAUGGGUACAUGAUCACAUUAGGACAAAUGAUUACAUCGUCCAACUCUAGUCCCCGCCCUCCCCUUAUCCCUCUGUCUCUGUCUCUGACACUCACUUUCUCUUUUGAAAAUGGGUUUAUUUUUUAUUGAUAUAACCUCUGAAGAAGGACCUGUAUAGUUUGACCCCUGAUCCCUGACCUUUUGUCCUCUGUAGGUGUGUGGUCAUGAGUUGAUGGCCCACCGUGCUGUGCUGGCCUGCUGUAGCCCUUAUCUGUUUGAGAUCUUCAAUAGCGACAUCGAGCCUCACGGCGUGUCCCACGUCACCUUCGAAGACCUGGACCCAGAGGCUGUGGAGAUCCUGCUCAACUACGCCUACACUGCCCAGUAAGUACCAUGACCUCUGACCCCCUAACUGCACCUACACUGCACAGUAAGUACCAUGACCUUUAACCCCCUAACUACGCCUACACUGCCCAGUAAGUACCAUGACCUCAAACCUCUGACCACUACACUAUGCCUACACUGCCCAGUAAGUACCAUGACCUCUGACCCCCUAACUGCACCUACACUGCCCAGUAAGUACCAUGACCUCAAACCUCUGACCACUACACUAUGCCUACACUGCCCAGUAAAUACCAUGAUCUUUAACCCCCUAACUGCACCUACACUGCCCAGUAAGUACCCUGACCUCUGACCCCUACACUGACUGUCUUUCUUACAGGUUGAAGGCAGAUAAGGCGUUGGUUAAGGAGGUCUACUCUGCAGCCAAAAGACUCAAGAUGGAACGAGUCAAGCAAGUAGGAUCUCUCUCUUGUUUCAACUACUGAUACUCCAUAUUGUACGUUUUAAUGCAGUCCCAAUGGUCAGUUUCACACUUAUCUACUCUCUGAUUGGUCAGAUCUGUGGCGACUACCUGCUGUCUAAGAUGGAUUCCCAGACCGCCAUCUCCUUCCGUAACUUUGCCAGCUGCAUGGGAGAUGGCCGCAUGCUGGCCAAGAUCGACGCCUACAUCCAGGAACACCUGCUGGAGGUCUCCGAGCAGGAGGACUUCCUCAAACUCCCCCGCCUCAAGGUGAGCCCUCCCUGGACACAGGGUCCAGCUUCUGCCCCUCUCGCUGGGUGGAGAGAUGGUCUACUACAACCUUUCUUAACCCAGUCCACAGGACCCACCUGUCGGUCCAUGUACAGUAUGUGAUGCAUUCUAACUCCAGGAACCUGAAACUAGUCAACUAAUCAGCAAGCUGUUGUUAAUUAGAAUCAGGUGUGCUGGUGUUGGGAUACAUCAGAUGUAUGGAAGCAGUGGUGGGCCCUGAGGAUUGGUUGAGAAAGCAUGGGAAAAGCCUGUACAGUAAUGUACUGUACAGUAGCUAACUUCAUAGGUCUUGAGUAACUAAUCCAAGCACCGUGUUUUUAGCUUUUUAAUUUAUGCCGUUGUGCUUUCUUUAGAUUAUUACAUGGCAAAACCUCAUAAAAUGAGUAUGAUAUUCUAGAUGAUGAUGUUGGGUUGAGCAGUAAAGCUGGGUAAUAUGAACCAAAAUCCAUAGCGCGAUAAAUAUACUUUUUUUUUUUUGUGAUAACAAUAAAUCAGCGAUAAAUUGUAAACUAAAUAAAUAAACUACAAAUGUUUUUUGGACAGUUACUGUACAUUAGCGGCAGGGCUCUAGAUUAUAGUAUUUUUUUCAGUGCGAAGUAAGACAACUGAGAUGGUAGCCUAUGAAUUUAUUUUAUUUUAAAUAAGCUAUUUCAUCUAACAUAUCCAGGGAAUGCAUGAUUUGAUAUUUUGAUGUGCAACCUGUCAAAAUAGGAUCCAGUAUUAUACAAUUUAUUUUUUGCUCUUCAGAGAAUUUGAUGACGUCUUUUUGCAUUUUUGCCUAUAGGCUAUAUUAUUUACCACCUGAGGAAGUGGGAACUCAAAACACUUAGCUAGAUUGCUAACUCUAAAUAUGAUAUUGUUGCUCGAUAGCCAUGUAGUCUAAUUGAUUAAUCUAUCAGUAAAUUAUGGUUAAUGUCAUACAGAAACUUUCCAGCGCUACGCCUAGGCUACUUGAUGUAGGCCUAUUCACUGCAAAUGGCUCGCUCUGCUCCGCUCCACGGGCACAUCAAAACAAAGUUCCUGCCCUGCCACAAAAGGCUGAGUGUGAUACAGCUUAUUUAUUAUUAUAGUUCAGAGCUCUACGCUGACAUGUUUUACAAGGAGUACAUGAUGUGCUCCUAAGUAGAAAUGUAGAAGCACACAAAUAAAUCUAGGAGAACAAUUCAAGUAUUUGAGUGUUUUAAUGAUAAGAAAUUACUAAAAGUUAAUGAAUAAAAGUUUUUAGGAGUGAUCCAUUCUCAAUCAAGCACAAUCAUUAGGUGAGACAAAUGUUCAGCGGCCACUUUAAGGGACUGGCCGUUACCGUGGUAACUUGGGCACUCGCUUGUCUGUGAUGAAAUAAAUCUCAGACUAAUGUCUUCCUAGUAGCAGACCGUUGCAGCAAACUCAAUCUAACAUUGAAAACAACCUAAUGUUAGGUUGUGAACAAAACGAUAUAACUGGCCAAGAAACACAAGGACAAAGUCACACUUUAGUAGCCUUUCUUAUCAAUUCGACUAACUUCUACAUGUGGCCUUUGGAUGACCACCCGCCAACAUGGCUGGAGAAAUAGACCUCCUUACCCACCAAUGACAAAAUAUACCCGUAUCUGGCGGGUUGCGGGGGUUAAUGUCCAACGCUGAGUGUCGGUAAUUUUUGGUUUAUCGUCCCAGCUCUAUUGAGCAGCCUCGCUGCAGUAGUUAUACUGGUCUUUAUCUUGCCUAGAAGGCAUCAACUGAUUGCUCUAUUGACCGUUGGAGGACAAACAUGGAUAAAUAAUCUUAGUAGAAAUGUUAGCUGUUCCUGCUCUGAAUCUUGCCCAAUAUGUAUUAAUCAUUGAACAAUUAUUGAAUGUCUUGGUGGACGUUCAUAUCUAAAUCAUUAGCUCCCAUUUUUGCAUUUACACAGAUACAGUAUUUGAUCCUGGCUCAAAAUGCGUUCAUUUAGAUUAUCUGUGAUGGAGCAUCGGUUAAUGUGGCUUUAACCCAACUUGUUACUCAGGGCCUUCAAAUACAGUUAGUUGCAUUAUUAUUAGGGCUGGCACAAUGACCGUGUAACCAACGGUUAUGGAUGAAGACAGCCAUGAAAAUAAAAUAACCGUACAUGUAAAAAAAAAAAAAAAAAAUGUAAAAGAAAGCUGACUGAAAACGGGACGGCCGGGCAUUCUUGUGGUUAAGUCAAUUUCUGCGCUAACAUGAACUCUUAACAACAUGAUGGAACUUUGUUGCUCCUUGCUGAAACAAGCAAGGUGUUGUAGCAAACAAGUCUUCGGUUGCCUAGGCAACACCCCUUCCCUGCAGCCGCAACACACAUAGAAAUAUAAUGAAUAAAACCGGCUUGGAACCUCUAACCCUGCCGAUUUGACAGGUUAACUCAUGAGUACACACGCAAUGGCUGAAAUGGUAUUGUGAUGCAAUAAUUUCCAUGGUAAUGUAGAAUGUUCAUUCAAAUGAUGGUAACUGAUGCAGUGAAAUGUAUUUUUGUAAUGUCAGUUGAGUUUAAUCAACAAAUCACCGCACAUAUUGAUGGGUACACUUCCUGCUUUGCUCCUAUUUGUACACUCGCAAUGGCCGCCAGUCCACCCAUUAUGCCAUCAUUGACUUGAAUGGGGAUUCCUGUUCUAUCUAUUCUAUUUCUAUGGCGGCGCAUGCAGCCAGGAGCGGAGGAGAGGAGAAAAUGUCAGUCUUAAACAACAAAAACCGUUAUUGCGAUGACCGCAUUUGUCUGGCCAAUAACAGUCUUUCAAAAUUCCAUGACUGUCACAUCCCUAGGCAGUAUUACCUUUGGUGCUGCAGAAUGUACUUUGGAUUUCCCAGUUACUGGUUUUGAUUUAAUAGUCUUCUUUGUCUCUAGUUUGAGGUGAAACACAACCCUUUUUUGUGACAGCUAGACUAUGAUGGUUUAAUAAUGAUUCAGUUUCUUGUGAUUUGUGGUAUGACCAAAGCACACCCUAGCCAUGGUUGAUCCUAGAUGGGGUUGAUCCUAGAUGGCUUUUUCUAACCUCUUUUUAAUUUGCCACCUCUUGUGUCUGUGUGCCUACAGUUAGAAGUAAUGCUGGAAGACAGCCUGAGCCUGCCCAGCAACGGCAAGCUCUACAACAAGGUGCUCAACUGGGUCCAGCGCAGUCUGUGGGAGAACGGAGGCCAACUGGAUAGACUGAUGGAGGAGGUCAGUACUGUAGCUGGAGUUUAGCUUGCACUCAUCCAACCCAUAUCCCUCGCUACCUCCCCACCUUCCCUCUCUUCUCUCUUGCUUUCCUUUAACAAGUCGUCUGCAUGCUUCAGUUCGGCUGGCGCCUAGCCGAGCUCGGCUAGUCGAACUGAACGAGUGUGCUCCUUUAAAAGACCUUCACUUGAAAAACGAGAAAAAAACGCCAACGGUACUGUUUGUCCAUUUUGAGAUGCUGUAGCCAGUAUACACUUCCUCAAAAUAGUCAGAAUUAAUCUAAGAUGACUCAAGAAAACUGUCAUGAAUUUUGACGUUUCGCAAUUUUGCAUCUGACUAGGAUGUUUGGUGCAGUACUUCUCAAGUGAAAGAAUGUGCAUGAGGAGUAGUCGUCUCUCGUUAAAUGACAACAGGCACUUUAUUGAAGAAUCCCUACUGUUGACCAAUCGCCGACGAGGGGACGUAGACUUCGGCUACGGACUUCGGCUAGUCUUGAGAGAGAAAUUCGGUGCCCGAACAGCCGAAAAAAAACCUUUCCUGAAAAACCCUUUCCUGAAGUCCAACACGGACAAAAACAUCACAAAAUGUUGUCAUAAUAUAUGCAGGAACUGUUUCGGCUGGGAAGCAUACGGCCGUCUUAAGGCACUGUUCCAAACCCAAGGUCAUGGCACGCUGUGUUAGGACUGUGCUGGUUCUUUUUUGUUCUUUUUCUCUCCUUUUCUUUCCUAAUGUUUUAGUUCUGCAGUACAGUGUACCUGGACACACUGCAAACUAGAGGUGAGCAGAGACAGAGCUGUGUUGCUGUUCUGUUUUUAGUGAUCAGUUGGAUCCACCCACAGUGUUUUGACUUUUGGUCUUAUUCUCUUUUGCAUUGAAAGAUGUGAGCAGGUCCCUCACUCUGUUCUGUCUCACUGAUGCCCUUUUCUUUCUGAGCAGGUAGCAGGUGGGGGUGUGUGUGUGUGUGUGUGGGUGUGUGUGUGUGUGUGUGUGUGUCAGCGAGCGCUCCAGUACUAACGGCCGUUCCUCCCCGUUGAUUUGUCUCUCCUCCAGGUUUAUUAACAGCAGCAGGAGAGCAGACUGAAGAGCCAAGACUGAGCCACCAGGGUAAUGAGUCAGGGAGAAACAGGGAGAACAGAGGGAGGAUAGGAGCAGCCCCUCCCCUCUCUCCCCUCUCUCCCCUCUCUCUCCCCUCCCUCCCCUCUCUCCCCUCUCUCUCUCUACAGCCAAAGCAACACUGAGCUCCCAUCUGUCUACACACACACAGGCCUGCUUAACUUACACAUACACUACCGUUCAAACGUUUGGGGUCACUUAGAAAUGUCCUUGUUUUUGAAAGAAAUUAAAAUAACAUCAAAUUGAUCAGAAAUACAGUGUAGACAUUGUUAAUGUUGUAAAUGGAUGGCUAUUGUAGCUUGAAACAGCUGAUUUUUUUAUUGAAUAUCUACAGAGGCCCAUUAUCAGCAACCAUCAGUCCUGUGUUCCAAUGGCACGUUGUGUUUGCUAAUCCAAGUUUAUCAUUUGAAAAGGCUAAUUGAUCAUUAGAAAACUCUUUUGCAAUUAUAUUAGCACAGCUGAAAACUGUUGUGCUGAUUUAAAGAUGCAAUACAACUGGCCUUCUUGAGACUAGUUGAGUAUCUGGAGCAUCAGCAAUUGUGGGUUUGAUUACAGGCUCAACAUGGCCAGAAACAAAAAACAACUUUCUUCUGAAACUCGUCCGUCUAGUACACAGCGUUGUACGAGAUCUUCAGUGUCUUGGCAAUUUCUCGCAAGGAAUAGCCUUCAUUUCUCAGAACAAGAAUAGACUGACGAGUUUCAGAAGAAGGUUCUUUGUUUCUGGCCAUUUUGAGCCUGUAAUCGAACCCACAAUUGCUGAUGCUCCAGAUACUCAACUAGUCUCUAGAAGGCCAGUUUUAUUGCAUCUUUAAUCAGCACAACAGUUUUCAGCUGUGCUAAUAUAAUUGCAAAAGAGUUUUCUAAUGAUCAAUUAGCCUUUUCAAAUGAUAAACUUGGAUUAGCAAACACAACGUGCCAUUGGAACACAGGACUGAUGGUUGCUGAUAAUGGGCCUCUGUACGCCUAUUUAGAUAUUCAAUAAAAAAUCAGCUGUUUCAAGCUACAAUAGCCAUCCAUUUACAACAUUAACAAUGUCUACACUGUAUUUCUGAUCAAUUUGAUGUUAUUUUAAUGGACAAAAAAAAUAUUUUCUUUCAAAAACAAGGACAUUUCUAAGUGACCCCAAACUUUUGAACGGUAGUGUAUUUACAUUUUGUAAAGUAUGCAUACAACCUAAUUGACUUACAUUCCACUGACAUCCAGUGGAGAGCACUCCCAGAAACCCAUACCCACUCACAGAAACCCAUACCCACUCACAGAAACCCAUGUCCACUCACAGAAACCCAUGUCCACUCACAGAAACCCAUGUCCACUCACAGAAACCCAUGUCCACUCACAGAAACCCAUGUCCACUCACAGAAACCCAUGUCCACUCACAGAAACCCAUGUCCACUCACAGAAACCCAUGUCCACUCACAGAAACCCAUGUCCACUCACAGAAACCCAUGUCCACUCACAGAAACCCAUGUCCACUCACAGAAACCCAUGUCCACUCACAGAAACCCAUGUCCACUCACAGAAACCCAUGUCCACUGAAAAGACCAUCUGCAUAGCACACAACCAUGAUUACCCCCCCCACAUACUCGGUACACCCGUCAUAAUUCACUAUUCAAUGAGGCGUGCCAUCUCAUUCAUGAUUUAUAGCCAAACCCCUUAUUUUGGAACUGCAUUUAAUUUUAACCAAUUUUAAGAACUACGAGAUGUCCUUUAAGUGGGCAUGGGCAGAAUGACGGCCAUUUUAGCCAUAACCGAAAAGAGUCUUUUGAAAUGGUUCUCUGCUCAAGCAUAUUCUAUUCUACACUAUCUCAAUGCCCAUUGUAAUUUUGUUUGAAAACAUCUCUAUUUUCUGAAGUUUUAUUUAUUAACUAUUUGUAUGAAACAAUAAUGUAUGUAAAAGCUUUGCCUUCAACUAUGUACGCAUAACUCAUGGAUUUACAUCGGAAAGCUGCAGUGCCUUUUUCCAUGCAAUUAUAAUGACCAACUUCCUCAGCCAACCGUGAGCGUGUUUUCCAAGCGUUGAGAUCAUGGGGACUGAAGACGUUUCCAGAUGCUUCAUCUUUACCAACUCCCCCCUCCUCCUUUUUUAGAUCUUAGGGAGGGAGAGGGAUGCACAGGAGCAGCAACUGCCCCUACAUUUACUGUAACCACCUGCGUUCCUUCAACUGUGUGUCCAUGUUGAUAAAGAAGCCUUGGCUCCUACCGGUGACGACUGGUCAACCUGGACCCUCCUCACCCAACCAACCCCCUCCCCCACCGUCCUCCUCCCCCUCCCUCCCGUGUUGCCAGGGUGCUGCUGUGUGUUGCCAUGGAGACAGCCUGCCACAUGGGUGUUGUGUCGCUGUGUGUCUUGCAGGUGCAAACGCUGUACUAUUCAGCCGACCACAAGCUGCUCGAUGGCGCUCUCAUCAUUGAGGAACAUGGGGUGUUUGGUGUUGGUGCAGAGGACCACAUCCAGUUUGUGCAGGUACACACCCCGCCCCUAUCCUGGGCCUACCUGGGUUUAACUCUGUGUCGCUUGGCCCAACCUGGCCCAUCUCCACCUUAUGUAGCCUGGCAACAAGGGCGCAGCCAAUUAGUGUGUAAAACCUGGGGUUACUACAGACCUGCUUGCACAGUAGACUGGUUCUCAGAUCAGUCUGUAGACUGGAUAUUGGGUUAUGAUCGCUACAUUUUUUUGUGUGUUUUGUCUGAGUAUGUAGCUGCUUCUUCGUUGGUCAAAGUCUGUGCUGUCUUUCAGCUUGUUUAAAUGGGUUGUAGACUGGUUUAAACUGUUGUAGUCUGGGGGACUACUCAGCACUGCUAAAAUACUGUUUGGGCGUAGUUCAAGGCAGGUUCAAAGCCAGGAUUAGUCCAUUUCAGGCCAGAUUGUGGAGUGUGUGUGCUCUGCAGCCAACUGGUGUAGUAGCCAGUGGGGGAUGUAGUGGCUCUUCCCUCUGGCUGGGUUUCUGUACUGUAGCUGCGUUGGUUGUGCUGUUGCAGAAGAAGCCCCCUCGUGAGAACAGCAACACCCAGAGACCGCUGAGCUCCAGCUCCUCCGGCAGCACCUCGCCCUCCGGCUCCACCUCCAACACACCCCACAGGAGAGAGUGGAAGUAUAUCGCCUCAGAGAAGACCACCAGUAAGUGUGUGUGUUGGAUGUUUGAAGCCUUAGGUGUCAAGGAGUGGGUGUUUAACAUAAUGUGUAUGAAUAGCAUAAUAACGUUUAAGAUAAUAACUUUUUGCUUUAGUUAUUACCAUCACCUCUCCACUCAUGGCUCUUGCCCUCUCUCUCUCCCCCUCCUCCCUCUCUCUCCACAGACAACACCUACCUGUGUCUGGCUGUGCUGGAUGGGGUGUUGUGUGUGAUCUUCCUGCAUGGCCGUUGCUCUCCCCAGAGCUCUCCCUCUGCCACACCCUGUCUGAUGAAGAGCCUGAGCUUCGAGGCCCAGCCUGAGGAGCUGGAGGAACACCCGCUGACCGCCAUGCACUACGCCCGCUCUGGCCUGGGCACUGCCGCCCUGCACGGCAGGCUCAUCGCUGCAGGUACGGAGAUUUUAACCAUUGUCUAUUUAACAUUUAUUUAUACAGGUUAUUCUCAUUUGAGAUACAAUCUCUGCAGCAAGAUAGAGCUGUUAGUUAACCAGCCACUGAGCCUCUAUCUGGAGACUGGCACUGACCGGUCCCCAGUCUCAAGUCUCAGAUCCUCCAAAUCAGCCCUGUCACUCACAACUGUCAUCUACAGUGCAUUCGGAAAGUAUUCAGACCCCUUGACUUUUUCCACAUUUUGUUACGUUACAGCCUUAUUCUAAAAUUGAUUAAAUUGUUUUUUUCCCUCAUCAAUCUACAAACAAUACCCCAUAAUGACAAAGCAAAAACAGGUUUUUAUAAAUGUUUGCAAAUGUAUUUAAAAAAACUAAACUGAUAUUACAUUAACAUAAGUAUUCAGACCCUUUACUCAGUACUUUGUUGAAGCACCUUUGGCAGCGAUUACAUCCUUGAGUCUUCUUGGGUAUGCCGCUACAAGCGUGGCACACCUGUAUUUGGAGAGUUUCUCCCAUUGUUCUCUGCAGAUCCUCUGGUUGGGUGAGGAGCAUUGCUGCACAGCUAUUUUCAGGUCUCUCCAAAGAUGUUAAAUCGGGUUCAAGUCCAGGCUCUGGCUGGGCCACUCAAGGACAUUCAGAGACUUGUCCCGAAGCCACUCCUGCGUUGUCUUGGCUGUGUGCUUAGUGUCGUUGUCCUGUUGGAAGGUGAACCUUCGCCCCAGUCUGAGGUCCUGAGCACUCUGGAGCAGGUUUUCAUCAAGGAUCUCUCUGUACUUUGCUCCGUUCAUCUUUCCCUCGAUCCUGACUAGUCUCCCAGUCCCUGACGCUGAAAAAUAUCCCCACAGCAUGAUGCUGCCACCACCAUGCUUCACCGUAGGGAUGGUGCCAGGUUUCCUCCAGACGUGACGCUUGGCAUUCAGGCCAAAGAGUUCAAUCUUGGUUUCAUCAGACCAGAGAAUCUUGUUUCUCAUGGUCCUUUAGGUGCCUUUUGGCAAACUCCAAGCGAGCUGUCAUGUGCCUUUUACUGAGGAGUGGCUUCCGUCUGGCCACUCUACCAUAAAGGCCUGAUUGGUGGAGUGCUGCAGAGAUGGUUGUCCUUCUGGAAGGUUCUCCCAUCUCCACAGAGGAACUCUGGAGCUCUGUCAGAGUGACCAUUGGGUUCUUGGUCACCUCCCUGACCAAGGCCCUUCUCCCCCGACUACUCAGUUUUCCCGGGCGGCCAGCUCUAGGAAGAGUCUUGGUGGUUCCAAACUUCUUCCAUUUAAGAAUGAUGGAGGCCACUGUGUUCUUAGGGACCUUCCAAUGCUGCAGAAUUGUUUUUGGUACCCUUCCCUAGAUCUGUGCCUCGACACAAUCCUGUCUCGGAGCUCUACGGACAGUUCCUUCGACCUCUGGGCUUGGUUUUUGCUCUGACAUGCACUGUCAACUGUGGGACCUUUAUAUAGAAAGGUGUGUGUGCCUUUCCAAAUCAUGUCCAAUCAAUUGAAUUUACCACAGGUGGACUCCAAUCAAGUUGUAGAAACAUCUCAAGGAUGAUCCAUGGAAACAGGAUUCACCUGAACUCAAUUUCAAGUCUCGUAGCAAAGGGUCUGAAUACUUUAGAACAAUUCUAAAAACCUGUUUUCGCUUGUCAUUAUGGGGUAUUGUGUGUAGAUUAAGGGGAAAAAAUAAUUUAUUCCAUUUUAGAAUAAGGCUGUAACGUACAAAAAUAAGGGGUUUCUGUUUUUUAUUUUUAAUACAUUGGCAAAAAAAAUUAAACCUGUUUUUCGUUUUGUGAUCAUGGGGUAUUGUGUGUAGAUUGAGGGAAACAUUUUUUUCCAUCCAUUUUAGAAUAAGGCUGUAAUGUAACAAAGUGGAAAAGGGGAAGGGGUCUGAAUAUUUUCAGAACGCACUGUAUAUGAUCAAUAAAGCUGAUGGUUGAGUAGGUCCAGACUCUGACCUGGUGUCCUCUGUGUUCCCUCUCCAGGAGGUUAUAACCUAGAGCUGGGCGACAUGGACAGAAAUCCAUAUCGCGAUACAUUAACCACUUUUUCUGCGAUAACCCUAAAUCUGCAAUAAAUAAUUUUUUGCUAGAGGUGGCCGAUAUGGAGAAAAACUUGCGAUACAUGUACAUUUUGCUCGAUAACAACAAAUACAACGAUUAAAAAAAUAUAUAAUGUGGACAGUUAAGCUAUUUCAACAUUAUCCAGGAAAUGCAUGAUUUUAUAUUUUGAUGUGCAACCUGUCAAAAUAGGAUCCAGAAUUAUCAGUUUUCUGUUUGGCUCUUCAGAUCAUUUCCAGACAUCUUUGUGCAUAUUGGCCUAUAGGCUAUACAGUGCCUUGCAAAAGUAUUCAUCCCCCUUGGCGUUUUUCCUAUUUUGUUGCAUUACAACCUGUAAUUUAAAUGGAUUUUUUAUUUGGAUUUCAUGUAAUGGACAUACACAAAAUAGUCCCAAUAGGUGAAAUGAAAAAAAUAACUUGUUUCAAAAAAUUCUAAUAACGGAAAAGUGGUGCAUGCAUAUGUAUUCACCCCUUUUGCUAUGAAGCCCCUAAAUAAGAUCUGGUGCAACCAAUUACCUUCAGAAGUCACAUAAUUAGUUAGAUUGCACACAGGUGAACUUUAUUUAAGUGUCACAUGAUCUGUCACAUGAUCUCAGUGUGUGUGUGUGUAUAUAUAUAUUACAGUGAGGGGGCAAAAAGUAUUUGAUCCCCUGCUGAUUUUGUACGUUUGCCCGCUGACAAAGAAAUUAUCAGUCUAUAGUUUUAAUGGUAGGUUUAUUUGAACGGCAGGUAGCUUAGUGGUUAAGAGCGUUGUGCCAGUAACCGAAAGGUCGCUGGUUCUAAUCCCCGAGCCGACUAGGUGAAAAAUCUGUCGACGUGCCCUUGAGCAAGGCACUUAACCCUAAUUGCUCCUGUAAGUCGCUCUGGAUAAGAGCGUCUGCUAAAUGACUAAAAUGUAAAAUAAAUUAACAGUGAGAGAUAGAAUAACAACAAAUAAAUAAAUUGAUUUGCAUUUUAAUGAGGGAAAUAAGUAUUUGACCCCUCUCCAAAACAUGACUUAGUACUUGGUGGCAAAACCCUUGUUGGCAAUCAGAGGUCAGACGUUUCUUGUAGUUGGCCACCAGGUUUGCACACAUCUCAGGAGGGAUUUUGUCCCACUCCUUUUUGCAGAUCUUCUCCAAGUCAUUAAGGUUUCGACCCUGACGUUUGGCAACUCGAACCUUCAGCUCCCUCCACAGAUUUUCUAUGGGAUUAAGGUCUGGAGACUGGCUAGGCCACUCCAGGACCUUAAUGUGCUUCGUCUUGAGACACUCCUUUGUUGCCUUGGCCGUGUGUUUUGGGUCAUUGUCAUGCUGGAAUACCCAUCCACGACCCAUUUUUCAAUGCCCUGGCUGAGGGAAGGAGGUUCUCACGCAAGAUUUGACAGUACAUGGCCCUGUCCAUCGUCCCUUUGAUGCGGUGAAGUUGUCCUGUCCCCUUAGCAGAAAAACACCCCCAAAGCAUAAUGUUUCCACCUCCAUGUUUGACGGUGGGGAUGGUGUUCUUGGGGUCAUAGGCAGCAUGCCUCCUCCAAACAUGGCGAGUUGAGUUGAUGCCAAAGAGCUCGAUUUUGGUCUCAUCUGACCACAACACUUUCACCCAGUUCUCCUCUGAAUCAUUCAGAUGUUCAUUGGCAAACUUCAGACGGGCCUGUAUAUGUGCUUUCUUGAGCAGGGGGGCCUUGCGGGCGCUGCAGGAUUUCAGUCCUUCACGGCGUAGUGUGUUACCAAUAGUUUUCUUGGUGACUAUGGUCCCACCUGCCUUGAGAUCAUUGACAAGAUCCUCCCGUGUAGUUCUGGGCUGAUUCCUCACCGUUCUCAUGAUCAUUGCAACUCCACGAGGUGAGAUCUUGCAUGGAGCCCCAGGCCGAGGGAGAUUGACAGUUCUUUUGUGUUUCUUCCAUUUGCGAAUAAUCACGCCAACUGUUGUCACCUUCUCACCAAGCUGCUUGGCGAUGGUCUUGUUGCCCAUUCCAGCCUUGUGUAGGUCUACAAUCUUGUCCCUGACAUCCUUGGAGAGCUCUUUGGUCUUGGCCAUGGUGGAGAGUUUGGAAUCUGAUUGAUUGCUUCUGUGGACAGGUGUCUUUUAUACAGGUAACAAGCUGAGAUUAGGAGCACUCCCUUUAAGCGUGUGCUCCUAAUCUCAGCUCAUUACCUGUAUAAAAGACACCUGGGAGCCAGAAAUCUUUUUGAUUUGAGAGGGGGUCAAAUACUUAUUUCCCUAAUUUAAAAUGCAAAUCAAUUUAUAACAUUUUUGACAUGCGUUUUUUUCUGGAUUCUUUUGUUGUUAUUCUGUCUCACUGUUCAAAUAAACCUACCAUUAAAAUUAUAGACUGAUCAUUUCUUUGUCAUUGGGAUCAAAUACUUUUUUCCCUCACUGUAUGGCACCACAACAAACCUGCCAAGAGAGGGCCGCCCACCAAAACUCACGGACCAGGCAAGGAGGGCAUGUGGGAGACUCCCCAAACAUAUGGAAGAAGGUACUCUGGUCAGAUGAGACAAAAAUUUAGCUUUUUGGCCAUCAAGGAAAACGCAAUGUCUGGCGCAAACCCAACACCUCUCAUCACCCCGAGAACACAAUCCUCACAGUGAAGCAUGGUGGUGGCAGCAUCAUGCUGUGGGGAUGUUUUUCAUCGGCAGGGACUGGGAAACUGGUCAGAAUUAAAGGAAUGAUGGAUGGCGCUAAAAACAGGGAAAUUCUUGAGGGGAAACCUGUUUCAGUCUUCCAAAGAUUUGAGACUGGGGCGGAGGUUCACAUUCCAGCAGGACAAUGACCCUAAGCAUACUGCUAAAGCAACACUCGAGUGGUUUAAGGGGAAACAUUUAAAUGUCUUGAAAUGGCCUAGUCAAAGCCCAGACCUCAAUCCAAUUGAGAAUCUGUGGUAUGACUUAAAGAUUGUUGUACACCAGCGGAACCCAUCCAACUUGAAAGAGCUGGAGCAGUUUUUCCUUGAAGAAUGGGCAAAAAUCCCAGUGGCUAGAUGUGCCAAGCUUCUAGAGACAUAACCAAAGAGACUUUCAGCUGUAACUGCUGCAAAAGGUGGCUCUACAAAGUAUUGACUUUGGGGGGGGGGGGGUGAAUAGUUAUGCACGCUCAAGUUUUCAGUUUUUUGUCUUAUUUCUUGUUUGUUUCACCCCAAAAAUUAUUUUGCAUCUUCAAAGUGGUAGGCAUGUUGUGUAAAUCAAAUGAUACAAACCCCCCAAUUUUAAUUGCAGAUUGUAAGGCAACAAAAUAGGAAAAAUGCCAAUGGGGGUGAAUACUUUCACAAGCCACUGUGUUAUUCACCACCUGAGGAAAUGGGAACUCCAACCACUUAGCUAGAUUGCUAACUCUAAAUAUGAUAUUGUUGCUAGAUAGCCAUGUAGGCCAAUUGGUUAAUCUAUCAGUAAAUGUAGGCUAAUGUUCUACAAAACUUUCCAGUGCUAGGCUACUUGAUGUAGGCCUAUUAACUGCAAAUGCUCCGCGAGCGCAUAAAACCAUACUUCAGCCUACUCUCGUUGUAAAGUGGUGCCAUGAACUCAAUAUUAAUAGGUGAGAAAUACAUUGUAUACUCACAGAAAGCUGUGACUCUCCUCUCUGUAACUAGAACAAUAGUAGUUGUUUUGAAAACGUUAUUUGUCCUCCAAUUGCAUUUUGAGCAAUGAUCAUAUAUGCUUGUGCUCCCUCCUCCGUGUGCACAGUGACCAAAUAGUGGUUUUAGAACAAUCUACAGGAACGUUGUGUAGAAAAAUCACAGGAAAUUACAGAUGUAAGCAAAAUGGUUCGGUAAGAGGAAGGCGGUGUUUGGUAGUUUUCGGUUUAUCGUCCCAGCUCUAGUAUAACCCCAGUCACCUGCUGUGAGCUAUAGGCUCAUAUUAAGGGCUCUGUAGGCCCAGACUCUGACCUGGUGUCCUCUGUGUGUUUUCUGUCUCCAGGAGGGUAUAACCGAGAGGAGUGCCUGAGGACGGUGGAGUGUUACGACCCCAAAGACGACCGCUGGACCUUCACCGCUCCCAUGCGGACUCCCAGGGCUCGCUUCCAGAUGGCAGUGCUCAUGGUACGACACCCUGACCUUUGAACCCUAAUUUCAUAGGAUUGACAGGUGCCUGUCUGACUUAAACCUGCCCCUCUGUCUCCUCAUCUCUCAUAGGGUCAGCUGUACGUGAUGGGCGGCUCCAACGGCCACUCGGACGAGCUGAGCUGUGGGGAGACGUACGAUCCGCACACUGACACAUGGGCUCAGGUGCCAGAGCUCCGGACCAACCGCUGCAACGCAGGUGUCUGCUCGUUGAACAACAAGCUGUUUGUGGUGGGAGGGUCGGACCCCUGUGGGCAGAAAGGCCUGAAGAACUGUGACGCUUUUGACCCUGUCACCAAGACCUGGAACAACUGUGCUCCCCUCAACAUCAGUAAGUACCUAUACCACACACAUGCUACACACCAGAGGAGGCUGGUGGGAGGAGCUUUAGGAGGACGGGCUCAUUGUAAUAAAUGGAAUGGUAUCAAACACAUCAAAUGUUCCAUUAUUCCAUUCCGGCCAUUACAAUGAGCCCAUCCUCUUAAAGCUCCUCCCACCAGCCUCCUCUGCUACACACCGACUGUACCUAUAUCUCUCAUAGUGUACACUGAGCAAAAAGGUUCCAGAUAAUAGGGGCUCCUUUGACUUGUCUCCAGGGUGGAACCCUUUAGUAAUGGUGCUUAUUAUUAAUUGCAUGUACUGUCUUAGUGAAGAACUGGAACAGGUUUGAGUUGGCCAGUGAAUGUGAAAAGUGAUGAAUGUGUGGUGUUAACUCUGUUCCCCUAGGGAGGCACCAGGCGGCGGUGUGUGAGCUAGAGGACUUCAUGUACGUGAUUGGAGGUGCCGAGUCGUGGAACUGCCUGAACACAGUGGAGCGCUACAACCCUGAGAACAACACCUGGACCCUCAUCUCCCCCAUGAACGUGGCCCGCAGGGGGGCUGGGGUGGCCGUCUACUCUGGUAAGAGACUUCUCCAUAGAAAUAGCUUUCUGAUUAUAUUGUCUGCUCUAAACUGGGGAAGGCUCAAGGGGAUUACCAUGUAGAGGGUAAUGGGUUCACUGGGGUGGGGAUGCAGUUUGCUUUGUUUGCAACCUCGGAAUUUUUUCCAUCGCAACUUUUUUCCCUUAUUCAACUUUUUCACUCCGGACGCUUUAUCUGGACAUGGUUCAUCAACAUCUUCAACAGCCGAAGCUAAGUAGUAACAUUAACAUGAUGUCUUCUAAUUGCAGUCGCUGUACUCAUAAUAUACAGGAGAAUUCUCGCCUUACGGCGAGAAUAGCUGUGCUACAAGCCCAGCUUCAGACGCAAUCGUUAGGCAAGGGUAAUAUCAGUGUAGGAAAGGAAGAAACAGCGUCUGUGCCACCAGUAAGUACAGACAGUAACGUCAGUAUAAAUCCCCCCGCACAGUCCCCGCAGCCGGACAACUUUCUCAUGGCUUCUGGAGGGAAAUACUGUUGGAAUGCUCAACCGGUGUCGCUCAUUCAGCCGACAGAAACCUUCAACCGGUUUUCCCCAUUAUGUAGCGAGUCGGAGUCUGAGUCUGAGUCUUCUCUAGUCUCUACUCCUCCCGUUACGGGGUCUGAGACUCCGAAGGCUCCCACCAUUAGCUCUGACAAAUUGAAAACCCUAGUCAUUGGCGACUCCAUUACCCGCAGUAUUAGACUUAAAACGAAUCACCCAGCGAUCAUACACUGUUUACCAGGGGGCAGGGCUACCGACGUUAAGGCUAAUCUAAAGAUGGUGCUGGCUAAAGCUAAAACUGGCGAGUGUAGAGAGUAUAGAGAUAUUGUUAUCCACGUCGGCACCAACGAUGUUAGGAUGAAACAGUCAGAGGUCACCAAGUGCAACAUAGCUUCAGCGUGUAAAUCAGCUAGAAAGAUGUGUCGGCAUCGAGUAAUUGUCUCUGGCCCCCUCCCAGUUAGGGGAAGUGACGAGCUCUACAGCAGAGUCUCAGCACUUAAUCGCUGGUUGAAAACUGUUUUCUGCCCCUCCCAAAAGAUAACAUUUGUGGAUAAUUGGCCCUCUUUCUGGGACUCACCCACAAACAGGACCAAGCCUGACCUGCUGAGGAGUGACGGACUCCAUCCUAGCUGGAGGGGUGCUCUCCUCUUAUCUACCAACAUAGAUAGGGCUCUAACUCCUCUAGCCCCACAGUGAAAUAGGGUGCAGGCCAGGCAGCAGGCUGUUAGCCAACCUGCCAGCUUAGUGGAGUCUGCCAAUAGCACAGUCAGUGUAGUCAGCUCAGCCAUACCCAUUGAGACUGUGUCUGUGCCUCGACCUAGGUUGGGCAAAACUAAACAUGGCGGUGUUCACCCUAGCAAUCUUAUUAGGAUAAAGACCUCCUCCAUUCCUGCCAUUAUUGAAAGAGAUCGUGAUACCUCACAUCUCAAAAUAGGGUUACUUAAUGUUAGAUCCCUCACUUCAAAGGCAGUCAUAGUCAAUGAACUAAUCACUGAUCAUAAUCUUGAUGUGAUUGGCCUGACUGAAACAUGGCUUAAGCCUGAUGAAUUUGCUGUGUUAAAUGAGGCCUCACCUCCUGGUUACACUAGUGACCAUAUUCCCCGUGCAUCCCGCAAAGGCGGAGGUGUUGCUAACAUUUACGAUAGCAAAUUUCAAUUUACAAAAAAAAAAAUGGCGUUUUCAUCUUUUGAGCUUCUAGUCAUGAAAUCUAUGCAGCCUACUCAAUCACUUUUUAUAGCUACUGUUUACAGGCCUCCUGGGCCAUAUACAGCGUUCCUCUCUGAGUUUCCUGAAUUCCUAUCAGACCUUGUAGUCAUAGCAGAUCAUAUUCUAAUUUUUGGUGAUUUUAAUAUUCACAUGGAGAAGUCCACAGACCCACUCCAAAAGUCUUUCGGAGCCAUUAUCGACUCAGUGGGUUUUGUCCAACAUGUCUCUGGACCUACUCACUGCCACAGUCAUACUCUGGACCUAGUUUUGUCCCAUGGAAUAAAUGUUGUAGAUCUUAAUGUUUUUCCACAAAAUCCUGGACUAUCGGACCACCAUUUUAUUACGUUUGCAAUCGCAACAAAUAAUCUGCUCAGACCCCAACCAAGGAGCAUCAAAAGUCGUGCUAUAAAUUCUCAGACAACACAAAAAUUCAUUGAUGCCCUUCCAGACUCCUUCUGCCUACCCAAGGACGUCAGAGGACAAAAAUCAGUUAACCACUUAACUGAGGAACUCAAUUUAACCUUGCGCAAUACCCUAGAUGCAGUUGCACCCCUAAAAACGAAAAACAUUUGUCAUAAGAAACUAGCUCCCUGGUAUACAGAAAAUACCCGAGCUUUGAAGCAAGCUUCCAGGAAAUUGGAACGGAAAUGGCGCCACACCAAACUGGAAGUCUUCCGACUAGCUUGGAAAGACAGUACCGUGCAGUACCGAAGAGCCCUCACUGCUGCUCGAUCAUCCUACUUUUCCAACUUAAUCGAGGAAAAUAAGAACAAUCCAAAAUUUCUUUUUGAUACUGUUGCAAAGCUAACUAAAAAGCAGCAUUCCCCAAGAGAGGAUGGCUUUCACUUCAGCAGUGAUAAAUUCAUGAACUUCUUUGAGGAAAAGAUCAUGACCAUUAGAAAGCAAAUUACGGACUCCUCUUUGAAUCUGCGUAUUCCUCCAGGGCUUAGCUGUCCUGGAUCUGCACAGCUCUGCGAGGGCCUGGGAUCGGGAGAGACACUUAAGUGUUUUAGUACUAUAUCUCUUGACACAAUGAUGAAAAUAAUCAUGGCCUCUAAACCUUCAAGCUGCAUACUGGAUCCUAUUCCUACUAAACUGCUGAAGGAGCUGCUUCCUGUGCUUGGCCCUCCUAUGUUGAACAUAAUAAACAGCUCUCUAUCCACCGGAUGUGUACCAAACUCACUAAAAGUGGCAGUGAUAAAGCCUCUCUUGAAAAAGCCAAACCUUGACCCGGAAAAUAUAAAAAACUAUCGGCCUAUAUCGAAUCUUCCAUUCCUCUCAAAAAUUUUAGAAAAAGCUGUUGCGCAGCAACUCACUGCCUUUCUGAAGACAAACAAUGUAUACGAAAUGCUUCAGUCUGGUUUUAGACCCCAUCAUAGCACUGAGACUGCACUUGUGAAGGUGGUAAAUGACCUUUUAAUGGCGUCAGACCGAGGCUCUGCAUCUGUCCUCGUGCUACUAGACCUUAGUGCUGCCUUUGACACCAUCGAUCACCACAUUCUUUUGGAGAGACUGGAAACCCAAAUUGGUCUACACGGACAAGUUCUGGCCUGGUUUAGAUCCUACCUGUCGGAAAGAUAUCAGUUUGUCUCUGUGAAUGGUCUGUCCUCCGACAAAUCAACUGUACAUUUCGGUGUUCCUCAAGGUUCCGUUUUAGGACCACUAUUGUUUUCACUAUAUAUUUUACCUCUUGGGGAUGUUAUUCGAAAACAUAAUGUUAACUUUCACUGCUAUGCGGAUGACACACAGCUGUACAUUUCAAUGAAACAUGGUGAAGCCCCAAAAUUGCCCUCGCUAGAAGCCUGUGUUUCAGACAUAAGGAAGUGGAUGGCUGAAAACUUUUUACUUUUAAACUCGGACAAAACAGAGAUGCUUGUUCUAGGUCCCAAGAAACAAAGAGAUCUUCUGUUAAAUCUGACAAUUAAUCUUGAUGGUUGUAAAGUCGUCUCAAAUAAAACUGUGAAGGACCUAGGCGUUACUCUUGACCCUGAUCUCUCUUUUGACGAACAUAUCAAGACUGUUUCAAGGACAGCUUUUUUCCAUCUACGUAACAUUGCAAAAAUCAGAAAUUUUCUGUCCAAAAAUGAUGCAGAAAAAUUAAUCCAUGCAUUUGUUACUUCUAGGUUAGACUACUGCAAUGCUCUAUUUUCCGGCUACCCGGAUAAAGCACUAAAUAAACUUCAGUUAGUGCUAAAUACGGCUGCUAGAAUCCUGACUAGAACCAAGAAAUUUGAUCAUAUUACUCCAGUGCUAGCUUCCCUACACUGGCUUCCUGUUAAGGCAAGGGCUGAUUUCAAGGUUUUACUGUUAACCUAUAAAGCGUUACAUGGGCUUGCUCCUACCUAUCUUUCCGAGUUGGUCCUGCCGUACAUACCAAUACGUACGCUACGGUCACAAGACGCAGGCCUCCUAAUUGUCCCUAGAAUUUCUAAGCAAACAGCGGGAGGCAGGGCUUUCUCCUAUAGAUCUCCAUUUUUAUGGAACAGUCUGCCUACCCAUGUGAGAGACGCAGACUCGGUCUCAACCUUUAAGUCUUUACUGAAGACUUAUCUCUUCAGUAGGUCAUAUGAUUGAGUGUAGUCUGGCCCAGGAGUGUGAAGGUGAACGGAAAGGCUGGAGCAACGAACAGCCCUUGCUGUCUCUGCCAGGCCGGUUCCCCUCUCCACUGGGGUUCUCUGCCUCUAACCCUGUUGCAGGGGCUGAGUCACUGGCUUGCUGGUGCUCUUUCAUGCCGUCCCUGGGAGGGGUGCGUCACUUGAGUGGGUUGAGUUACUGACGUGAUCUUCCUGUCUGGGUUGGCGCCCCCCCCCUUGGUUUGUGCUGUGGUGGAGACCUCUGUGGGCUAUACUCGGCCUUGUCUCAGGAUUGUAAGUUGGUGGUUGGGGAUAUCCCUCUAGUGGUGCGGGGGCUGUGCUUUGGCGGAGUGGGUGGGGUUAUAUCCUUCCUGUUUGGCCCUGUCCGGGGGUUUCUUCGGAUGGGGCCACAGUGUCUCCGGACCGCUCCUGUCUCAGCCUCCAGUAUUUAUGCUGCAGUAGUUUAUGUGUCGGGGGGCUGGGGUUAGUUGGUUAUACCUGGAGUACUUCUCCUGUCUUAUCCAGUGUCCUGUGUGAAUUUAAGUAUGCUCUCUCUAAUUCUCUCGUUCUCUCUUUCUCUCUGAGAACCUGAGCCCUAGGACCAUACGUCAGGACUACCGGGCAUGAUGACACCUUGCUGUCCCCAGUCCGCCUGGCCUUGCUGCUAUUCCAGUUUCAACUGUUCUGCCUGCGGCUACGAAACCCCUACCUGUCCCAGACCUGCUGUUUUCAACUCUUAAUGAUCGGCUAUGAAAAGCCAACUGAGAGACCUGAGCCCUAGGACCAUACGCCGGGACUACCGGCCGUGGUGACUCCUUGCUGUCCCCAGUCCGCCUGGCCUUGCUGCUAUUCCAGUUUCAACUGUUCUGCCUGCGGUUAUGGAACCCCUACCUGUCCCAGACCUGCUGUUUUCAACUCUUAAUGAUCGGCUAUGAAAAGCCAACUGAGAUUUAUUCCUGAUUAUUAUUUGACCAUGCUUGUCACUUAUGAACAUUUUUGAACAUCUUGGCAUGGUUCUGUUAUAAUCUCCACCCGGCACAGCCAGAAGAGGACUGGCCACCCCUCAUAGCCUGGUUCCUCUCUAGGUUUCUUCCUAGGUUUUGCCUUUCUAGGGAGUUUUUCCUAGCCACCGUGCUUCUACACCUGCAUUACUAGCUGUUUGGGGUUUUAGGCUGGGUUUCUGUACAGCACUUCGAGAUAUUAGCUGAUGUAAGAAGGGCUAUAUAAAAUAAAAUUGAUUGAUUGAUUGAAUUUGGCAGAAAUAUCAAAAUCGUUACUCAGAUUUGUGCUGACCGUUCUCUCUCCUUAUCACUAUCUCCUUCUCUUCCCCUCUCUAGGGAAGCUCUUCGUGGUUGGUGGGUUUGAUGGCUCCCAUGCCCUCCGCUGCGUUGAGGUGUACGACCCAGCCCGCAACGAGUGGAGGAUGCUGGGUAGCAUGACCGUGGCACGCAGCAAUGCGGGCGUGGCCGUGCUGGGUGAUGUCAUCUGCGCCAUGGGCGGCUUCGACGGAAACAACUUCCUGAACACGCUGGAGGUUUACGACCCCGAGACGGAUGAGUGGAGCGACUGCGCCGAUGCCCUCUCCUCCUCCGCCUGAGGGUUAAGGGUCAGAGGUCAAGUGUGGGGGAGGGGGGGUUACCGUUCCCAAACUAACAGGCUUAGUGACGUAAUCGUGUUUUGUGAUGUUCUGUACGUGAGUGGGAGGAAGGGGAAUCAUUUUGGCAGGGGUUCUUCAGUGAAGACUGGAAUAUUUGGGGGGGGGGGGG